CGCCUGCGCUCGCUGCAUCUUCGGAGCCAUCGUCACCGGGUAAGAGCCGAGCCUCGGGGGGGGGACACGACACACGCAGCGCUCCCCCAGGCUCAGCGAGACCCCCCCACGGGCUGCGGAAGGAUGGGAUGAAUGGAGCUGGGGCAGGAGAAUGGGGGGGUGCGGGAGGAUGAGCCUCCCCCCUUGUUGUGAUGGGGGGGUCGGGGUUAAAGGGGGGCCCCCAGUUUAAACAAAGGGGGUGCAAAGCUGAGGGGGCUGGUUUGGGAAGUGGAAGGGAUGGGGGGGCAAUGGGGGGUUUCGGGGAGGGGCAGUGCUAUGGUUCCCAUUAACCCUCCCAUAACGGGGUCAGUGUGGACCCACGGGGUGUUUUUGGCAUCUUUGGACCCUAUUUCCUGAGGGGACACCCCCUUUUCCCCCAGAAAACAGGGGAAUAAGCCCAUAGCAUGUCCCAGGCACCCCCCGGGGGGGUCCGUGCCUGUCCCUCUCCCAUUUCCCUUUGCCCUUCCCCUGCCACAGCACUGUGGGGUGAAGGAUGGGCACCCACAAAGGUCCUGUGCUCAGUGUUGGGGUCCUGGGGGUGCUCGAAGGGUUGAUGGGGGGAACACCCCCAAAUCCCCCUGCUCUUCCCUUUGACCCCCCCGGUCCCUGCUCCCCCUUCCUCGAGGUCCCAUCCUGAAUGCAUUCCCUGCAGCCUGGGGCGGGUGGGAUGGAUCCCGGAGGAUCCAUCAAGGGGAGAUGGGACCCUCCAUGUCCAGCCCCUUUAACUCCUCCCUCCCCAGGGACUCCCAAUGGGGCCGGAGCCCCCGGCACGGCUGCUCCAGCCCUGGGGAUGCAGGGAAACGGGGAUGAGAUGGGAGAUGGUUGGAGGGGUUGGUGGGAUCCCAAAGAGGGGCUUGGGAGGAGGAGUGGGGCAGGGACCCCGCGGUGGGGGGCUGGAUGCAAGGCUGGUGAUGGAGAUCUUAAGGGAGAGGAGGGUGUUGGGGGUGCUGGGUGAGGAGAAGCUCCCCAUGACCCGGCUUCAGUGGGCGCUUGAGCCCAGAACCCCCCCGUGUGCUGGGCUGCACCCCCAGAGCGUGAGCAGCAGCUCAGGGAGGGGAUCCCGCCCCUCUGCUGCGCUCUGGGGAGCCCCCCCUGCAGCCCUGAUCCAGCUCUGGGGCAGCAGCACAAGAGGGACGUGGAGCUGCUGGAGCGAGGCCAGAGGAGGCCCCGGAGCUGCUGUGAGGGCUGGAGCAGCUCUGCUCUGGAGCCAGGCUGAGAGAGCUGGGCUGGGGCAGCCUGGAGAAGAGAAGGCUCCUGAAGGGGACACCUUAGAGCAGCUCCAGUGCCUAAAGGGGCUCCAGGAAACCUGGAGAGGGGCUUUGGACAAGGGAUGGAGGGACAGGCCAAGGGGAAUGGCUUUAACUUGCCAGAGGGGAGAUUGAGAUGAGCUCUGAGGCAGAAGCUCUUCCCUGUGAGGGUGCUGAGGCGCUGGCACAGGGUGCCCAGAGAAGCUGUGGCUGCCCCAUCCCUGGCAGUGUUCAAGGCCAGGUUGGACACAGGGGCUUGGAGCAACCUGCUCUAGUGGAAGGUGUCCCUGCGCGUGGCAGGGGCUGGAGCUGGAGGAGCUUUAAGGUCCCUUCAACCCAAACCACUCCAUGACUCCACGGCUCUGUAAGAGGGCAACUACGCUGGUGAGGUGAUGUUGAGCACCCGCAGGAGCCAACGUUCCCAUGGCAUCCUACCGCAUCCGGCAGUACCAGGACAAGGACUUUGACGCCGUGCGGACGCUGUUUGCCCGCGGCAUGCUGGAGCACAUGCCGGCCGGUUACCGGCACGUCCUGCGCUCGGCCCGGGUGCAGCUCGAGCUGCUCGUCCUCUUCGUGCUGGUGCGUGUGGCGGGCGGCUACUGGCUGCUGGGGCUGGGCGCCGUGGCGCUGGCGCUUGUGGCCAUCUGGCUCGUGGUGCACUCCUACUCCACGUCCUACGUGCAGCAGGCGCUCAGCACCGACCUGGCCGACGUGCACGGCACCUACCUGCGCUCCCCGCACUCCUGCUUCUGGGUGGCGGAGGUCGGCGGCGCCGUGGUGGGCAUGGUGGCGGUGGAGCCGCCCGAGGACCCGGCCGAGAGGGAAGUGGCGCUGGAGCUGAAGCGGAUGUCGGUCAGCAAAGAGCACCGGGGCUGGGGCAUCUCCGGGGCGCUGUGCGGAGAGGUGCUGCGCUUCACCCGCGCCCGCGGCUUCGGCGCCGUCGUCCUCUCCACCUCCAUGGUGCAGGUGGCGGCGCAGCGGCUCUAUGAGAGCCAGGGCUUCCGGAAGGUGGGCGCCACCAGCCCUGGGCUGCUCGCCUCCCUCCUCUGCUUCCAGAUCUUCCGCUACCGCUGCGACCUGCCCGGCCGCGCCGCGGCCCCGCCGCACUAGGGCACGGCACCAGAACCCGCGUGAGGCCGUGCCACGGCACCGCAGCCCCAUGGGAGGGGAUGCCACGGCACCUCGGGUGCUGGGCCUGGCAUGCGAGGCACCGCUGCAGCUUCCCUGGCACCGCUGCAGCUUCCCUCAUCACUGCAGCAUCCGCGACCACCGCAGCAUCCCCAGCAUGCACAGCACCACUGCAGCAUCCCUGGCACCACCGCAGCAUCCCCAGCAUGUAAAGCUCCACUGCAACCUCCCUGGCACCCUAAGCACCACUGCAGCAUGCCCAGCGCACGAGGCUCCAUCUCAGCAUCCCCUAAUGCACCAGUGCAGCACACCCGGCAUGCUGGGCUCCACUGCAGCAUCCCAUGCACGCUAGGAAACACUGCCACGUUCCCCAUCACUGCAGCACCCCCAGCACCCACAGCACCAUUGCUGCACCCCUGACCUCAGCACAGCACCCCUGGCACAUGAGGCACCACUGCAGCAUCCCCGGCAUACAUGUCACCCCUGCAGCAUCCCUGACCCCCCUGCAGCAUCCCUGACCCCCCCGCAGCACCCCUGGCACAUGAGGCACCACUGCAGCAUCCCUGGCAUACAUGUUACCACCGCAGCAUCCCUGACCCCACCACAGCAUCCCUGACAUACAUGUCACCACCGCAGCAUCCCUGACCCCCCCGCAGCACCCCUGGCACAUGAGGCACCACCGCAGCACCCCUGUCACGCGAGGCUCAGCCAUGGCACCCACCCGGGGUCGGUGCUGGGGCUGGGGCCGCCCCUGGCCGGGCUGUUGGGGCCGUUCCUUGUUUGCCAGUGGCGAGAAAUAAAGAGAGAUGGACCCCAUGGGAAA